AUGGAGGGCCUGAAGUGCGAGAAGCUGUUUGGUCCGGUCGACUCGGACGAUGUCAACUUGCGCGACGCAUCUGACACGAGUGAUUCAGAGUCUGACGCAGAUGACGAGGACGUGAUGGCGGACAAUGUCUACAGUGUGGAGGGCGUCGACGAUUUGGACGACGUGCCAGUAGGCGAGGACGCCCCCGACACCGGGAUGUUCGACAUGACGGAUGCCGAGCUGCGUGAGAUUGUCAAGUCGGGCUGGAUCAUGUACGAUGAGGAACACAGUGGAGAACUACAAAAGCCUGCAGCCACGGACUACUAUGAUGGACCGUGGGGUCCAACGCGCUCUGCGGUUGCGUACGCUGAAUCGCUACUAGCGAUGUUUUUCUACUUCUUGCCCAAGGCAUUGUGGGUGCGGAUCGCGAACGAGACCAACCAGUAUCGCGAGCAGAAUAUAAGCCGUAUUGCAGCUUCUCGCAGGGCCAAGCUCCUGGCUCGACAGCCCGAAGACCCUCGUGUCAGUGUCCCAAGCCUGGAAGAGAUUGAACAAGGCCUGAACAAGUUCAAGCGCAUUCAGCCUCAUGAAAUUGUGCAC